AUGACUUCAUCUAUGAAACGUACAUUUGAUGAUGUUGUAUCUAAUGAAGAAGCAAAUAAUGCUUUAAAUCUAUUUGGCUUCAUAGAACCGAUUUGUAAGAACCAGAUUAUCAAUAGUAAUUAUAUGAAACACUAUUUGAGGCUAGACGAUCAGAAUAAACAACAGUCAAUCGAUAAUCAAAAGAAAGUAGAGGAGAAAGAGAAGAAAGCAAAGAAGAAAUCAUCACAGCUCAAUUCGAGAAAGAAGAGAGAUACGAAAUUCUUUGAUAUAGCACCAGAAAACUGUAUAUACGAUCACUAUCUACCACUCAAUGAACUUUGGCGACAAUAUAUAAACGAUGUACUUGGUAGUUUGCAAGGUGCACUUAUCCUACCGAAACUAAUCAAAGCAGAUUUACACGGUGCCGUCUUACAGGUAUCUAGAUCGGUAUGUCCUUCACUCAUAGGUCAAAUCGGUAUAGUCAUACAAGAGACUGAGAAUACAUUUAAAAUAAUAACAAAAGAAAACAAAGUUAACGAAACAAUUACGAUUAGAGUUUGCUCUCAAUGUGGAUGUGGAAAUGGUCUCUAUCAUUCUUUUGACACUUGA